AUGUCUUACGGUGGUCCGCCCCCUCCUGGAGGAGGAUAUGGUGGAUAUGGCGCGCCACCUCCAGGUGGACCGCCGCCGCCAGGUGGAGGAUAUGCAUACGGUGGAGGGUUUGCCCCGCCACCAGGACAUCAAGGACCUCCUCCUGGAGCCGAUCCUCAACUUUGGAACUGGUUCAGCGCCGUUGAUACCGACAGGUCAGGUGCCAUUACUGCGAGUGAAUUAGAGCGCGCCUUGAUCAAUGGCGAUUGGACUCCCUUUGACUUGGAUACCGUGAAGCUUUUGAUGUCGAUUUUCGACACUGAUCGCAGCGGAACCAUCGGAUUUAACGAAUUUGCCGGUCUUUGGAAAUAUAUCAAGGACUGGCAAAAUGUUUUCCGACACUUCGACCGUGAUCGUUCGGGAUCUAUCGAUGGAAAUGAAUUGCGAGAUGCUCUGGCCCAGUUUGGGUACCGACUAUCUCCUCCCCUUCUUGAUUUAGUCCAAAGGAAGUACGAUAUUAAAGCAUCUUCAGUUGCCGGUCAUGGUCCGGCUCCCGGCAUAUCUUUCGAUCGUUUCGUUCGCGCUUGCGUUGUCGUGAAGCAACUCAGCGAAGCAUUCGGACGCCUGGACACCGAUCGCGACGGAUGGAUCCAGAUCAAUUACGAUCAGUUCAUGCAGACAGUACUCAGUCUACCUUAAGGAUUAGCAAUUGCGAAUGAAGAGAAGGCCAAAUAAGAGUGUGCGAUUAUUAUAACGUUAAUAGUCAAGAUUUAAGCUUAUGAACUCUUCUUAACAAUAUGUCCUCUUCAUGCUGUCCAUCUACUUUCUGUUCCAAACUCUGUAUGUACGGUAUAAUGUAUGAACGCAAAAAAAGAGCAAAUGUUUGUCAGUGUGUACGUAGCUUAGGAGAAGAAACUUGUACGAUCGUAUCAGGGCAAGGAGUAACAAGUUCACGCACAACCAAGGAAGAAUAACGAGCUGGCAGAACACUGACAAAGAGUGUGAAGUAGUGGUUCACGCUUUGGUAUGUACUUUGUCAAAGUAUCGAUAACACCACCUGUUUCAUGUCCCAAAAGCCAGAAGAAUACUCGCGCAAUGCAUCCAUUCGUUUGAAGGAGAAGAA